AUGGCUCCACCCGACAUCAUAUCCGCGACGGGUCGCAAGCUUCGCGACUCGACCCCCAAGGCUUUGGAGAAGUCGCCUCCGCUCCUUGCCCGACUCAGACCGUGGAUUCGGCGGGACUUGAAGAUUCUCCUCGAAUCGGAAAGCGUCGAUUUUGUUACCGAGCUUGUGCUUGGAAUAAUCAAAGCGCAUUCCAUCGAAUCAUCUGCAUCGCUCGACGCCCUUCGUCCCUUUCUCCAUGAUGCCGCUCCAAUCUUUAUGCGCGAGCUCCAGCUCUUCGCGAGCUCACCCUUUGACAUGAAGGCUCACGACGAUUUGCGCAAAGCGAUUCGACAAGCCAGUUGCUCCUCAGACCAGUCUUCCCGUCUCGAGAACCUUGGUGUCCCGUCGAGUUCUCCGAGUUGACCAGCGAAGGCCACAGCCAUCGUCGUCCAUAGAUCCUUGGGGCCCUUGCCUCCAAUGACUCCGGCUCUCAUCUCCAGAUCACCAACUUGCACCCGCCGCCUUG